AUGAUUAAUGAAAAGCAUGCAAUCAUUGGGACAAUUUUUGGGAAUGCUUCCCACACUCCAUUGAGCACAUGCAAGUUUGGAUUGGGUGGCAUUGGAGAUUGGGGUGGUGUCAUAUGCAAUCCAACAUCUGACUCUGUCUUCAGGCUAUAUUUGCAAUGUCAAGUGUUCUUUAAAUGUGACGGUGUGCAACUCAACAGUGAUACUGCUCAUCAGACAAUGACUGCAACAUUCAGUUCCCAAUGCCCCAACUUGCCUGUGAUGCUGGGGUAUCCAUGGAAAUGGAACAGGGGGAUUGAAUUACUUACAAUGGAUGAUGCUGGAGUAAUAUCUCAUCUUCAUGAAAUUUUGCUUGCUGGAGUUCUCCACUUCCCAGAAAAGAGGUCCAACUACAUCUAUCUCAACAGCACCUACACUGAACAGCAACACUUGUAUAGUCAAGCACAUGUGAACUAUCAAGCCAACAAUCAAGACUGCUUCCUCACUCCAUUCCAAAAUCAAAUUGCCUAUCAUGACUCCUGUGCUACUGGUAAUAGAGAGUUCCACAUCCCAUGUGUAAAACCACAGUCCAUGAUGAUAGCAAAAGAAGUCUGCAUGGUGGAUGGACUCUCAAUAACUCAGCAUUGGGUGGCAUUAGGAGGUGUGCCCCCUCAGAACAACCCUAAAUUCUCUUUACUGCAUAUAUAA